AAACAAAUGCUUAGCGCGUUUCUCCACGCGCCUACUCUAAGUUUUCUUUGCUCUUCAUCUUCUUCCCCUCAACCUCAGCCAAAGCCCCGCCCUUGUCUCUCUUCCAUGGCUUCCUCUUCCCUGGUUCGAAUCGCUGUUGUUGGUGACGUCCACGAUGAUUGGGACCUUGAAGAAGAUGCAAACGCCCUUCAAUUUCUUAAGCCGGAUUUGGUGCUCUUCACAGGCAGGUUCCUCUUUCCUCUUUAUCCAACCAAUGUGUGCUAUGAUUAUUCACUUUUGGAGUCUUCCCUCUAAUAUUUUUCCAGAUCCAAUAGGUGAUUUUGGUAAUGAAAAUCUCGAACUAGUUCAAGAUGUCGCUGCUCUCAACUUUCCCAAAGCAGUUAUUUUGGGGAAUCAUGAUUCUUGGAGCACUCAACAGUUUUCUUCUAAGAAGAAGGAUCGAGUUCAACUUCAGCUAGAAUGUCUUGGACAGGAACAUGUAGGUUACAAACGUCUGGACUUUCCUUUACUAAAGCUCAGUAUUGUUGGUGGACGGCCAUUUUCGUGCGGUGGUCAACAAAUAUUUCGGAAAAGGCUUCUGUCUGCAAGGUAUGGAAUCCAAGAUAUGGAAGGAAGUGCCAAGAGAAUCUAUGAAGCUGCGCUUGGGACCCCAGAAGAUCAUCUAGUUAUACUUCUUGCACAUAAUGGACCCACAGGUCUUGGCAGUGAAUUGAAUGACAUUUGUGGAAAAGACUGGGUGUUUGGUGGUGGUGAUCAUGGUGAUCCAGAUCUAGCACAAGCCAUCUCCAACUUGAAAGAGACUACUAACGUCUCCAUUCCACUUGUUGUGUUUGGUCACAUGCAUAAGGAAUUGGCACAUGGGAAUGGUCUUCGUAAAAUGAUUGUAGUCGGGACUCACAACAUCAUAUACCUGAAUGGAGCCAUAGUUCCCAGGGUUAAGAGAUCCACAAAUGAGACCUCCCUGCAAGCAUCCAAUUCUGAUGGCACCUACCGAGCCUUCACUUUAGUUGAGAUAUUGAAUGGACAAGUGAAUAAAAUCUCCGAAAGUUGGGUGUCUGUUGUUGGAAAUGAGACAACAUUAGAGGAGGAGCACAUACUAUUCAAAUCGAACGGACAGUCUUCUCGCUGAUUGGUGUUGAGUUUGACUUCUUACACUCUUUAGAGACCAGCAACAGAAUUAAUCUGCUAAAAUCUAAAUAAUAGUCUUGAAUCUUGCUUACUGGUCAUCCGUAUGUAGCAGGAAUAUGACUUAUCUUCACUGGUAAACAUUUGUUAAUGUGAUAUGGAGAGUUCUGGUUUAUA